CUGGUAGCCAUAUCUAAAGUGCUACCAGCUGAUGCAGUCUCGUCUUGUGUUGCUUGGAAAAAUUAAUUCUCACGGCGCAUUUAUAUCACGACAGAUCUAUAAUAAUAAUUUUGUCAUUCGCUGGCUUAAAUCUACGCAGUAUAAGCACAAGUGUUACAUAAAUCAGUAAUAUGCGCCGUGAAUGCAGCGGUGCAAUACAUCUUUAAUUUAUUUAAACCUAAAUCUCUCAUCAGUCAAUCUAUCUGAUCGAUCAAGCAGCUGAUAAGCCGAAAUGGAGAUCUGCAUCGACUCCUUAGAAUCUGCGAGAAACGCGAUCGAAGGAGGAGCUAGCCGGCUGGAGGUUUGUAUGGCCCUUUCGGAGGGUGGUUUAACACCGAGCCCAGGUCUGAUUAAACAAAUAAAAACUUUGGCGACCAUUCCGCUUUACGCUAUGAUCCGCAUUCGCAACGGCGAUUUCAUCUACAGCCACGAAGAGCUCGACGCUAUGCUGCACGAUUUGAAGAUUCUCAAGGAUCACGAAGUGAAUGGCUUCGUCUUUGGCGCGUUGACAGCUGAUUGCGAAAUCGAUAUUGUCGCGUGUGAAAGGAUCAUUUCCGCCGCACGUCCCUUGCCGGUGACGUUUCAUCGUGCUUUUGACCUAACGAACGAUCCUUUGAAAUCCAUGGAAAUCAUCGCGAAUCUUGGCUUCCAGAGGAUUCUGACAUCGGGACAGAAGAAUACAGCUUUGGAAGGACUAGAGCUGAUAAAAGUCUUGUUGCAAAAAGCGCCAAAACAUCUGAUAAUUAUGCCUGGCGCUGGCAUUACAAGAGAUAACAUUCAAAAAAUUAUGGAAUCUGGUGCUAAAGAAUUUCACGCGUCAGCAAAGAGAAAAAAAAUCAUGACCUAUAAUGCGAAUAAAGUCAGGAUGGGCACCGGCGAGGACAAUUUUAUCAAUGUAACGAAUAGAGAACUAGUUAAGGAUUUAGUUAAUAUUAUCAAGAGUCAAUGUACCGCCUCGUGAAAGAUUAUAUAAAAAAUAAUAUUAAUUAUAUAUUUUUAUAUGGAUAGCAUCUAAAUAUAACAUGCACUCAAU